GUUUCUGGUAAGGGCUAGCUAGUCCUCUUCUCUUCUGCUUCCCUCUCGAGGGCAGGGUUCUUCCUAGGGUUCUCUCGAUUUUCAUGCUAUUCCAAUUUCGUCCCUUCCCUCUCUUUUGUUUCACGGAAUUGGAGCUCUGAAUUUUGACGAUGAACAAAAAACCGUGAGUGGUUGAGAGGGCCUUUCGUUGAUUAAGUUUGUGUCAAUGGUAUGGAUGAAGUAUUAGGUGAUGAGGUGGCUGCUGCCGAUCCAGAUGAGGAUGCUCACAUCAUGAACAAGGAGGGUGAGUAUAUAGCAAAACUUGAUAGCUGCAACAUGCUGCGCUCACGAGAAAUGGUCAUACCUGCUGGUUUGAAUUUACCUGAGAGCACAUUCCAUGUAUUAGGAGACAUUUCAGAGGAUAAGAAUGUAAACAGGAAUUUAGGCCGUGAGGAUGUAUUGAAACUUGCAUGUGCUACCCAACAUGAUUUGGAUGAUGUAGGUGGCAUGGUCGAAGAGUUAACUUUGAGAAAGUUUAAUAGUUCAAACUUACCCAUGGUUGGUACAUCCAAUAGCACAGAAACAAUACAGAUGAGGCAGAAUCAGUGGCAGCAUCUUUAUCAGUUGGUGGGUGAAACAGGAAGUGAGAAUUCAUAUGGCAACAGAGACAACAGUCAUGCCAUGCCUGGUAUCUUUCAGUAUGCAGGGAAGAAAUCUAUCCCUGAGAUUUUGGGUCAGAAACCAUUUAGUGAUGACCAUAGUGUAGCAAUGGAACAGUUGACAAGUGGAAGCAAUGAGGUUUCCAGCAGUAUGUCAUCUCAAAGACGUAUUGAGACAAAGAUUCUAUCAAAAUCCGGAUUUUCUGAAUUUUUUGUUAAAACUAUGUUGAAGGGUAAAGGGGUCAUAUGUAGAGGCCAACCUCAUACUGGGUUUAGAACUGAACCUGAAGGUCAGAAUUAUGUAAAAUCUACUGGAGGCCCUCCAGUGGCUCCUAGUGUUUCACUCAAGGCUGUUGGUGGCUCUUCUAUGGCAUCUCAUGCGUCACUAAGCAUGGGAACCAAAACUGCUACAACUUCUUCCUAUGCUGCGACUGGGCCAGGGAGUGUUGAUUGUAACAAUGAUGGAGUGAGUUUGAGAGAUUGGCUGAAAGCUGGGGGCCAUAUAGCUAAUAAAGCCAAGGGGUUGCAUAUAUUUCGACAAAUUGUGGAUCUGGUGGAUUAUUCUCAUUCUCAAGGAGUUGUUUUGCACAACUUACGGCCAUCCUUUUUCAAGUUGUUGCAAUCUAAUCAGAUUAAACAUGUUGGCACAGAUAUCCAGAAAGACCAUUCAGAUAUCCAAGACUUUCCCCCCUCAAACAAUUGCUUGGUUAAGAGACGGCUGAUGGAGGAGAUCAUGAUUCCCUCAGUAUGUGCUAAGAAGCAAAAAUUUAAUGAGAACUUGAACUUGAAAAGAUCGCCUAUGUUUCAAUCAAGACCUGCUGUCAAAAUAGGAACCACAAAGAACAGCGACAUCAAUAUCAAUAUGACUGGGAUUCAUUUUUUGCAGGAUGAAUCAAAUGAACAUGAUGCCCAUGCAGAACAUAGCAAUUCCAAUAGCCCUCGUCUAUCUAAUACAGCUCAACAGCAGUCAACCUUUGUAAAGGAGCAAUUGGAAGAUAAAUGGUAUGCAAGUCCAGAAGAGCUCAAUGAUGGAGUUUGCACUAUUUCUUCAAAUAUUUACAGUCUGGGUGUACUCCUUUUUGAGUUACUUUGGCAUUUUGACUCUGAGAAAGCACAUGCUGCUGCAAUGUCAGAUUUGCGUUAUAGGAUUUUUCCUCCAAAUUUUCUGUCAGAAAAUCUCAAGGAAGCUGGAUUUUGUCUACAGCUACUCCAUCCUGAACCUUCACUGCGCCCAACAACCAGGGAUAUCCUACAAUCUGAAGUAAUUAGUGGGUUCCAGGAGGUGCUUGCAGAAGAAUUAUCGUCAUCCAUUGACCAAGAAGAUGCUGAAUCAGAACUAUUAUUGCAUUUCCUCGUUUCAUUGGAAGAUCAAAAGCAGAAGCAUGCAUCCAAGUUAGUGGAAGAUAUUGGGUGGUUGGAAGCAGAUAUCAAAGAGGUUGGGAGAAGGUACCAUUCUAAGAGUCCUUUAGUUCAUUCUUCUGUUAAUGCCAGGGAAAGCAGGCACCUUGGUAAAGAACUAUCAUUUUCAGAGUCACAUAUUAGUUUAGCCCAAAGUUCCAGUGCAAACGGAAUGAGGUCAAUGAGAAAUAUUGAUCAGCUUGAAACUGCUUAUUUCUCCAUGAGAUCCAAACUCCAGCUUCCUGAGACUGAAUCUAUAACAAGACCUGAUAAGGAUGUACUAAAAAACUGUGAUAACUGGUGUUUGGCACAGAAUGAUGGAGAAAUACAGAAACCUACUGAUUAUCUUGGAGACUUUUUUGAUGGUUUGUGCAAGUAUUCCCAAUAUAGUAGGUUUGAAGUGCGUGGGUUACUGAGAAGUGGGGAGUUCAAUAAUUCUGCAAAUGUAAUCUGUUCUCUGGGUUUUGACCGGGAUGAGGAUUAUUUUGCUGCUGCUGGCGUGUCAAAGAAAAUAAAGAUAUUUGAGUUUAAUGCAUUUUUCAAUGACUCUGUUGAUAUACAUUAUCCAGUCAUUGAGAUGUCAAACAAAUCAAAACUCAGCUGUAUUUGUUGGAACAGCUAUAUCAAGAGCUACCUGGCUUCAACAGACUAUGAUGGCGUGGUUAAGUUAUGGGAUGCAAGUACCGGUCAAGCAGUCAAUCAAUACGUUGAACAUGAAAAGAGGGCUUGGUCUGUUGACUUUUCUCAAAUUUAUCCAACAAAAUUAGCCAGUGGGAGCGAUGACUGCUCCGUGAAACUGUGGAGCGUUAAUGAGAGAAGUUGCUCGGGGACAAUCAGGAAUAUUGCAAAUGUCUGCUGUGUUCAGUUCUCUGCUCACUCCACUCAUAUGCUGGCCUUUGGAUCUGCAGAUUAUAAAACAUAUUGUUAUGAUCUUCGGAAUACCAGAGUUCCCUGGUGUGUACUGACUGGCCAUGAUAAAGCUGUGAGCUAUGUGAAAUUCCUGGACUGUGAAACUAUAGUUACUGCUUCCACUGACAAUACAUUGAAGCUAUGGGACCUAAAUAAAACCAAUAGUGGCCCAUCCAACGCUUGCAGCUUAACCUUCCGUGGACAUACUAAUGAGAAGAACUUUGUGGGUUUAUCCAUUGCUGAUGGUUACAUAGCUUGUGGUUCAGAAACAAAUGAGGUUUUUUCUUACCAUCGAUCACUACCCAUGCCAAUCACUUCACACAAGUUUGGUUCCAUUGAUCCUAUUUCUGGGAGAGAGACUGAUGAUGACAGUGGGUUGUUUAUUUCAAGUGUCUGCUGGAGAGGGAAAUCAGACAUGGUCAUUGCUGCCAAUUCAAGUGGAUGCAUUAAAGUGUUGCAGAUGGUAUAAGGUAAGAGUUAGCUGCCGAGAAUGACCAAACAACCUUAGAACUAUCAAGUUGUUUCCUGGAUGCCUAUUAUUGAGUAAGCUGUUAAGUCAUCUAGGGUUCUAGCCAUGUGCCAGAGAUGGAAGGGCUGAAAGUCAGUUCAGUGGCUCAUUAUAUGGCUUUUGAUGACCAAAAUAGAGAGCAAGAUACUGGUGGAAAAUGUUUACAGUCUCAAUAAAGAUACUGCAAUGAUCCCAUUUACCUGGAGCCCCAAAAUAAUCAAACUGUAAAAUCUAGACAGAAAUUUUUUAGAUGGAAAUAACUGGCAGAAAAGCGAAUUUCCUGCUCAAUGCUUCAAUAACAAGUUUGUGAUGUUGGUAGGUGCCCUUACUGCUUUACUUGCUUCAAAAACAACAAUGCAGUCCCAAUAAGGUUUUGGGUGGAGGAGACUAUAGCAUCAACAGACAGACAUGCUUCUUCAUAAGAAAGCUUAGAAGGCUUAUUGGUUUUUGUUUUUAUUUUAGAAGGCUUUUUGUUUUUUGUUUUAAUCUUAUACCCAAUUCCAAGGAAUUCUUUAUUGGUUUGUAUAAAAGCAGUAAAUGUAACGAUGUUUACAUGUGUAUAUUUACAAAUUUUUAUAGUUGUCAUUGAAGAUUGCACUACACACAAUAACUAACUUUACCCAGU